AUGGCUUCUCUUCUCAAAGGUGCAGCAAAGGAGACCACCAACAUCGUUCUCGACCUGAACAAGGAACCGCAGCAGGUCCUCCAUGUCUAUUCGUACAGUGAUCAGACCAGAGCCAUUGUGGAAAAGUCAUGCAUUGCUUUCAAGAACGUGGACAUGUCUACGACCAAGCUCUCCGACAUUCGAGAGCUCCUGGUCAGCGAGGGGGUCCUGGAGCCGACAUUGCUGUGGAGUGCCUUCUGCAACCAGCGCGGCGCCAAGAUUCUUGAUACCACAAGCUUCAAGGCAUACCUCGGUAUAUUGAGUGAGAAGUCAAGUGAGGUUGGAGACAUUGCCGAAGACAACGCCGACAGCUACAGGGUUUACCUCAAGUCGGAAAAAAUCUUUGAUUAUGAUCAUCUCCGAGCUGCCCUCAGUCGAGAUGCCAAAGUAUCAGUUGAUAAGAAAGUCCUCGAGCUGCCGUCGGCUUCCCAGCCGAAGGCCCCAGAGCUUCCCAGCAGCUUCAGCCACAAUAUCUUCCUCAACCCGAACACAACCUUCAGCAUUGUUCAUGCUGCGGACAUGUCGGAGACACAAUGGAGUGUCGUCCUUCGCAACAACUCUCUCCUGAAUGCUUACCGAGUGGUUGACGCAGGAGGAAAGAUUGGAAAGAUCGUGGAGCGCUCAAUGCAUACCGCCUUUGCCCUCAAACCGCGCCUGUUCCAGAACUACCAGAUCUCUGCCAAUGCGGCCUCCGACUCUAUUGCAAAGCAGAAGCAAACGCUGCGCAUCCCUCGAUUCCGCGUCGAAGACGAUUCGUACGUUGAGCAGUUCGAGAAAACGAAGUUUGUCUCUCGAGCCAUUGCUCAGAGCUCCCUAUCCCAGCUUGCAGCGGAGUUGGCUGUUGAAGGGGGUGCUUUCGGAUGUAGCGCCAGUCUGUCCGCUAGCUACGGUGAAGAUAAUUCUUCUUCAUCCUCGUCGAGCUCGAGUGAAGACACUCGUGUCAUGACUAUUACCUACAAUUUCCCACGAGCUGUCAUCGAUUUUGACCGCUACAGUCUUGACCUCUCCGAGGAGUGUCAGCUCGACCUGGCCUCUGUCGACUCAGUCUCCGCCAUCGAUGAAUUCAAAGACAAAUACGGCCGCUUCUUCCCCACCCGCAUCGAACUGGGUGGAAGACUUCAUUCCUCAGAAGAAUCCACCUCCUCGACUACUGCUGGCAAAGCCGAUCAGGCCAAGUCCAUGCGAGCGGCUGCGGCGCUCUCGUUCUCGUCGCCCUAUGUGCAGGCCUCGGCGAAGGUCAACUAUGCUCAAUCGUCCGACUCCAGCUCACAGAACGCCGGAGCCUCCUCCAGCAAGUCUAAGUUCUACAUCAAUGUUGAGACCACCAACACCAAUGAAGACCACCAGCUCAAAUACAAAUACCCCUACCGCAUCUACAACAAAACCAACACCGGCGAUGGACAGACCAGCUGGUUGAGCAUCAGCCCCGUCCUGCAGGGCUUCUUGAACACCUCCAUGAUUUGGUCCGGCAAGCUUGAAAACGCCACGACAUUCCAGUUCGUCUACUCGCCUGCCGGCAAACACUCCCCGUACGUCCAGAAUGGCGAUGAGGUUUACAUUGCCAUGUUCGACCAAGACGGGAAGGAGAUUGCUUGGGCGGAGCGCAUCCUGAACCCCCCGGAUUGUGUGGGUAUGGAUUGGGACAUCAAGACGAAUCCUGAUCAUUACUCCUUCAAGGUCCAAUAUAUUUGAGGGGGGUGAUUAAUCGUUUGAGAAAGUAUUUGAGGCAAAGAGUGAGGUGGUUGGUGGUCUGUGUUCUAGUGUUGGCAGGUUCACUUUGUUCUUUGGUGGAACAAACUGCUCCUUUAAAAAGGUGUUCAGUCAGAGACUUGGAUAGGUUUUUGGCUUUACGGAGCGCCGCCAUUCGCGGUUCACUUUGCGUCAGCUGCUGGAAACAAGCACCCUACCGGGUGCUUGGGAAAGAGGCUUGGACUAUUAGUCUCUUGUUGCUU